AUGGCGCAAGUCAGCAAGCCGCAAGCGCUGGUGGCUGCUGGAGCGGGCGCAGUACUGCUGGGGAUUCUGGCUGUGCGCAUCAAGCGUGCGCGAGCGCGAAAGGCUUACGAGCUUCCUGCCUGGCUGCGCUGGCUGGAGGAAAGCUCCUCGCAUCUUCGAAUGCGAAUGCGAGAGUGGGAGGAUGGCCCGUGGCGUCGGAGUCGAGGCUGGCACGGCUCAGACCUCAUUCACAGUCCGGACAGCGCAGUGUACAUACCAUGCUACUUCUACAGCCCAGAGGAGAAGAUCCUGCAGGGCCCCGUGGAGUUUCGCAGUGGGGCCGAGAGCCACCGAGGGAUCUGCCACGGUGGGGCCAUGACCUCUGCCAUGGACGACGUCCUGGGCCACCUCGCCUUCCUGGCGGCCGGAACCGGGCCCUGGAGCGGUGCCACCGUGCAGGUGAACUGCAAGCUCAGCAAACCUGUUCGCGUCGGUCAGACACUGCUUUUGGAAGGCAGAGUUGCGAAGCAGGAGAAGCGAAAAGUUUUUGUCGAGGCCCGAAUGCUGGACGAGGCUGGCGACGUUUACGCCACCAUGGACGGGCUCUCCAUCGUAGGUGCCAAGAUCCAGGCCGAGGAAACAGACCUGGACAAGCGCCGUUGGCACUUCGAUGACGAAAUGCGAGCAGUGCUCGACAGUCCUGACCAUCGGCACGUGCUGGGAGGCUCUCUAUCGUAG